AUGAGGAAUGGUGGGGAAUCCCACUUCUCUCUUGACGACUUCGUAAAGCUCGAAAAAAUUGGAGAAGGUACCUAUGGGGUUGUCUAUAAAGGUCGUAAUAAAAAAACAAGUCAAAUGGUAGCUAUGAAAAAAAUUCGGCUUGAGAGCGAGGAUGAAGGAGUUCCUUCGACAGCUAUCAGAGAAAUUUCCCUCUUAAAGGAGUUAAAGCAUCCCAAUGUUGUAGCGCUUGAAGAUGUGAUCAUGCAGGAAAACAGAUUGUAUCUUAUCUUUGAGUUCUUGUCAAUGGACUUGAAAAAGUAUCUUGAUCAGCAGCCCAAAGGAUUGAGCAAGGAGACUGUACAAAGCUACUUGUUCCAGAUUUGUCAAGCCAUGUGCUUUUGUCAUCAGCGCCGUGUGAUCCAUCGUGACUUGAAACCUCAAAAUCUGCUCGUUGAUGGCAAAGGAGCUAUAAAGCUUGCUGAUUUCGGUCUAGCGAGAGCUAUAGGAAUCCCCGUCAGAGUCUACACCCACGAAGUUGUGACUCUGUGGUACCGCGCCCCAGAAAUUUUGCUAGGAGGAACAAGAUACUCCAUGGGCGUUGAUAUGUGGUCUAUCGGUUGUAUUUUUGCGGAAAUGGCAUCUAAGAAGCCUUUGUUCCAAGGAGAUUCCGAAAUCGACGAAUUGUACAAAAUUUUCCGAGUGUUUGGAACACCAACUGAGGAAAACUGGCCAGGUGUAACCGCUCUGCCUGAUUAUAAGUCUACCUUCCCAAAGUGGCGAGGAAAACCUCUAACUGACAUAAUGGGAGAUUAUAUGGAUGAUGAUGCCCUGGAUUUAUUGAAGGCUAUGCUUAUCUACGAUCCGGCCAAUCGAAUCUCUUCUCGAAAAGCUCUAACACAUUGUUAUUUCGACGAAGUUGAAACUUCUCGUCUUCCUGCUGGUGAUUAUAGAGGACAACUUCAACUUAAUUAG